AUGACCCAUACAAAAUCUGACGACGAGAUAUUUCCAAUCACAACAUUUAUUUCGGAGCUACCGAGCAAUCUCAUUCCGCAGUCCCUCCCAUCAUCUUCCGAAAAUGGCCACGUCAGCAGACGCUUGGUCAUUGUAGGCGAUGUGCAUGGGAUGAGAAAAUCCCUGGAGGCACUCCUAGACAAGAUUGGCUUUGACAAAGGCAAAGGAGAUCAUCUAAUACUAGCUGGCGACCUCGUCAAUAAAGGACCUGAUAGUCCUGGCGUUGUUGAUCUGGCUAUCAAGCUGGGCGCCAGCGCAGUGAGAGGCAACCAUGACAAUGCUGUUCUUAAUGCAGCCGCUGAGAUCAGAGCCAGAAAGGAUAGUCUACUACAAUCUGGAGGCUUGAUGGGCAGUCCGGCCCUACCUGAAAACCCUGAAGCCGACGCGUCCAAGGAUACUGUCCAAGAUUUUGAGAUCCCUGACAAAGACGCAUCUGCUACAACCGGCGCGGGUAUGAAACAUAGCGCAGCAACGUAUACUACAGCAUUGGCACUUUCGACCCACCAGCUCGACUGGCUUGCCGCUUUGCCUUUGAUCUUGCGCGUCAAGCUACCUCCUAACUUGACAUCCUCCUUCGGCGAUACUUUAAUUGUUGUACAUGCGGGCCUCGUUCCUGGUAUCCCACUUGAAGCGCAGGAUCCACACGCUAUCAUGCAUAUGCGGUCUCUCGUCGGCACACUAGGUGACGAGAGGGAAUUCAAACCUGCUGAAGCCUCCGGGGAAGAAGGCUGGGCUAUGGAAUGGGACCGAUGGCAAGAAAAGCUAGCAUCUAAGUCUACUGUGAUAUUCGGGCACGAUGCAAAGCGUCGCUUGCAACUGGGGAGGUAUACGAUUGGACUGGAUUCAGCGUGCUUAUACGGCCAUCGUUUAAGCGCGCUGGUGAUUACGGCUUCCGGCGGUGAAAUUGAGCAUCAGAUUAUUCAAGUCGAAUGUGCUGAUGAGCCUGUAGCCCCAACAGUAUAG